AUGCCUGGCGGCGGGCAUCCACCCAAGAAGGCCAGGUCUGCUGUGGGGCCGCCUCCGCCCCCGCCGAAGCCUCGGCCGACGAAGAGGGCGCCAGCAGGUUCGAAGGCGAAGUCGCCUGCGCCUGGGACGCCUGCCGCCACCAGCGCGGCCAGCGCCGCGGCAUCGGCGGCGGGCCCCGUCGUCGGGGUGAUCCCUGCCAAGAGGGCGCCGAUGAGGAAGGGGCCCGUGGGCGAUUCCUGUCAGUGCGGCCUGUGCAAGGCGAUGGCCAAGGACAUUGGUCGCGUCGGGCCGAAGCUGCAGAAGAAGACCGCAGGGACCAUGGAGGUGGCGAUGGGCAACAAGUGCGAGGAGUGCUUCUCCCUGUGGGUUGACGCGCUCAGCCACUUGGAGUGGGACGACCUCUGCGAGCUGAGCCAGAGCGACGAGGAGAUCAAGCAGUCCGUGAUCACCGCCAGGAAGGUGUUCAAUGAGCACGAGCCGCCGCCGAAUCCCGUCCAGGAGGUCGCCGAGCGCACGGAGCACACGAUCGAGUCCAGGAGGUCGUACAUCGUCUUGACGGAGUCCGACUUGAGGAAGGCGUUGGGCGCUAGGCGCAUCACGAAGGCUGCGACGAGCUCAUUGUAUACCGCGGAGGUGCCGAAGGAGGAUGAGGAUGGCUGGGAGAUGGCGUAUUGGUUCGUCAACCCGAUGAUGCCCUACAGGACCGUGGACGUGGUAUCGCGGACAGGCGUCUCCCGCGAUCACUUCGCCAUGGAUCGCACGAAGCAGCUGCGGCCCAACCAGGGGCCCGUGAUGAGCACCCACAGGACGCAGCUCAUGCACAACGGGAAGGGCAUCAUGAACAUCAUUACCAAGGACAAGAUGGGCUACCUGUGGAAGCUGGAGGACUUCUUGCAGUCCAGGCUCGGCGAGAACACCCAGGGCGGCACCGAGGGUCAGGCGGGCGGCGGCGGCGAGGGCGCAGCUGCCGACGGCUCGACAGGCGGCGGCGCAUCAGAUGAUCCUGCAGACGAUGAUGACGUCGAGCUGGUUGGUUGCGCAGCGCCCCUUCCUGCGCCUCUCGGCCAGAAGGGCAAGGCGUUGCCUCCAGGCGGCACCCCGCCGAAGCAGGCCGAACUCCUUCGGCGCGCAGGCUCGGGCGUUGCGGGCUCGGCGAGCUGCGUCGGCGGGCCCCCGAGAGAGUCGGCGUCCCAGUUCGGCGGCGGCAUGUCCGAGGACGGGGGCGCGGCGCCCACCGCUGGCUUCAUGGAGGCUGGCAGUGCAGGCAGCAACACGGUGGAGUACUGGAAGAGCAAGAUCGACCUGUCCUUGGUGAUGGACGGCCAGGUGGACGGGCGGACAAUCAGUGCGUGCAAGAAGGCAGCAGGUAGAAAGAUGGCUGCUGAUGACCAGGCUGCCAGGCUGGACGCGCAGCUGCUGAACAAUUUCAUCAAGCUGAUCCUCAUGGCCCAGGCCCUCCAACCUGCCACCAUUCAGGGCAUCGAGACAAGUGAGCUGGCCAUCUACCUGGGCAAGAUGAAGGAUGAGAAGGUCAAGUUUCCUUUGGGCACCAGCGAGAAGCUCUUGCACAUGAAGAUCGCUGACCAGCAGCAGCUGGGGAAUCUGAUCGGUCUCUUUGAUGCCCUGGACCCGUUCACUACUUCAGAGCUGGCCUCAGGUUUCGACCCUGAGAACCCUCGGUUGAGUGACAUCGAGCCGCCGAUGGGCGCCAAGACGAGGCUGCUGGUUCACAUCUCAGUUGAUGCGAUGCUGGCCCCAAUGCUCGCCAAGGGCAUGGACUCACGCGCCCAGGUGGAGACCUACUUGAAGUUCUGCAUCGAUCGGUUCAAGGACGUCGACACCUUGGAGCUCGACGCGAGCGCGGGCGCGUGCAUAUCGGAGUGCCUCGACGCGCGGCAGUCCGCGCACGCGCUCGCGUGCUUGGAUCUGGACCCCGAGCUGGAGGAGUGCGCGCAGCGCCUCAAGGCCGCCAUUGCCAAGACGACCGGGUCGCCCCUGACGGUCGUUGCCGCGGCGGUCGACUCCGACACGUGGUACUCCCAGAUGCUGUCCGACUACAUCGAGUACGCCCCUGGCUUGCUCAAGUACCACGCGCGCGUCGCCGAGCUGAGCAGUUGGGCCGACACCUUCGAGGCAGGCGCGGGCACAUACGACACGCUGGCCGAGCACAUCAAGGAGGUGUCCAUAAUGAAGGCCCAAUUGCGCCCUCAGUCGGUGAACUUCCUGGACGGUAAGGUGGCAGCCGCCCUCGCUGCACAGCACGCCCGCUUCGCUGCCUCUGUUGCGGGGCCAGAUACGAUGCAGAGGUGGAGUGCCGUGCUCGCCGAGGCGUCUGCGUUGCUGCCGCACGACAGGCAGGUGGACGAGUGGCAGACCCAGAGCGCUGCGUCGUUGGCCAAGUUCGAUCAGGCUUCCAAGAUCGAGGCGAUCUGCAUGCUGUGCGAGGUGGUCCUCGACGUCGCCACGCGCGGCCCGCAUGCAUCCACGUUGGAGCUCGUCGCGUCGAAGAUCCAGCCGUUGUUCAACGCAGUGAGUGGCGCAUUCAUCGAGUGCAGCGCCCUCAAGGAUGCCGAGAUCGCGACCAUCUCAGAGUGCGCCACUGCGCUGUCCGAGUCGGUGGCGUACGAGAUGACAAUGGCCAACGUCGGCUUGCUCAACAUGGCUGGCGCGUUGCACGUCCUGGACCUCGCCUCCAAGCUGACCCAGCUCUUGGGUGACCGCGCCAGCCAGACCUUCUACGUCGCCCACUUGCAGAAGACGAUCAACAUGCUGGACGCAUGGGGCAUGAUGACGCCCCUCGCCGACAUGCGCACGAAGGAUGAGCUGGUCGAGGGCAUCUCGGCGUUCGCUGAGUUCCCUGCCAAGCUCGAGGCACUCACCCAGGCGGCGUCUGAGCUCGCCGAGUUGAGCUUGACAAUGCCACCCGCGGCCAGCUACACCGCCGACAGGAUCAAAGCCUUCUACGCCGAGAGUUCGGACCGCCUGCGCAGCAUCCUGAGCGCCAACUUGGCUGGGGCGAUUGCUGUCCUCGUGAAGGUGGCCACUUGCCUGGCCGACAUGGCCAAGGGCGCGCAGCAGGGCGACGGCGACCAGACGAUCCCGUGGCAGGAGUCGUUCAAAGGCAAGAGCUGGGACGAGUUUCUGGCGCACGCCGAGGUGACGCUGCUCGCGCUCAACCCCAAGGCGCUCGAGUCUUGCAUCGACGAGACGAAGAAGGCCCUCCAGAUGUACCAAGCUGCUGCCGCAGUUGGCGGUGGCGAGCCCGACGCGCAGCUCGUCGGCAAAGUGCAGAACACCAUCCUGAAUGGCCACAUCACGAAACUCAGCGGCGUCCUCUGCCACAAGGUCAAGACCAUCGCGGACCUCGGUCCGCUCCGUGAUGCCGUCCAGAGCGAAAUGCUUCAUUUCCGCAGGGAGACGGGAAUGAAAAAGGAGAAGGAGCUUCUCCACCCUGUGCUGCUCGCCAGGGCGAUGCAGGCCCUCAAGAAGACGUAG